AUGCAUCGCCGGCACACCACACUGAGAGAGAAGGGGCGUCGCCAAGCAGUGCGGGGCCCAGCCUACAUGUUCAAUGAGCGUGGCUCGGCCCUUACUGCGGAGGAGGAGCGUUUCCUGGAUGCUGCUGAAUACGGGAAUAUUCCCGUGGUGCGCAAAAUGCUGGAAGAGUCCAAAACUCUCAAUUUCAAUUGUGUGGACUACAUGGGCCAGAAUGCUUUGCAGCUUGCAGUUGGCAAUGAGCACCUAGAAGUGACCGAGCUGCUUCUAAAGAAGGAUGGUUUGGCUCGGAUUGGAGAUGGUCUGCUUUUGGCUAUCUCUAAGGGUUAUGUUAGAAUUGUUGAAGCCAUUCUUGCCCACCCUGCUUUUGGCGGAGGUCUCCGACUGGCUUUGAGCCCACUGGAGCAGGAGAUGCGUGAUGAUGACUUUUACGCUUAUGAUGAGGAUGGGACACGUUUUUCUCACGACAUCACGCCAGUCAUUUUAGCCGCUCACUGCCAGGAAUACGAGAUUGUCCACAUCCUUUUGACAAAGGGGGCCCGCAUAGAAAGGCCACAUGAUUACUUCUGUAAGUGCUCUGAGUGUGUGGAGAAACAGAAAAAAGACUCGUUCAGUCACUCUCGCUCCAGGAUGAAUGCCUACAAAGGCCUGGCCAGUGCAGCGUACCUGUCGCUGAGCAGUGAGGACCCCGUACUAACUGCCCUUGAGCUCAGCAAUGAACUAGCAAGAUUGGCCAACAUUGAAACAGAGUUCAAGAAUGAUUACCGCAAGCUGUCCAUGCAGUGUAAGGACUUUGUGGUGGGUGUGUUGGACCUUUGUCGAGACACAGAGGAAGUGGAGGCCAUACUUAAUGGAGACGUGGACCAGUGUCCUCCAAGCCCCUACAACCGACCGUGCCUCAGUCGAGUCAAACUCGCAAUCAAGUAUGAAGUCAAGAAGUUCGUUGCUCAUCCUAACUGUCAGCAGCAGCUGCUGACUAUCUGGUACGAGAACCUGCCCGGUCUGAGGCAGCAGUCUGUCUGGGUGAAGUGCUGGACUGUGCUGGGGGUCACUGUAGGUCUGCCCUUCCUGGCCAUCUCUUACUGGAUACUGCCAUGUAGCAAGCUGGGUCAGAUCCUGCGGAGCCCCUUCAUGAAGUUCGUAGCCCACGCCGUCUCCUUCACCAUCUUCCUGGGACUGCUGGUUGUCAAUGCCUCCGACCGCUUUGAGGGAGUCAAAAACCUGCCCAAUGAGACAAUAACAGACCACCCUCGACAGGUGUUCAGAGUCAAGACCACCCAAUUCUCCUGGACAGAGAUGCUGAUCAUGAAGUGGGUGCUGGGUAUGAUUUGGUCAGAAUGUAAGGAAAUCUGGAGCGACGGGCCCCGAGAGUACGUCAUGCAUCUGUGGAAUGUUCUGGACUUCGGCAUGUUGUCCAUCUUCGUGGCGUCCUUCACGGCACGCUUCAUGGCAUUCCUCAAGGCGUCCAAAGCGCAGCAGUAUGUGGACAUGCAUGUCCCUGACGAAGACCUCAGCAACGCCUCGCUGCCUGAGGAAGUUGCCUAUUUCACAUAUGCCAGGAACAAGUGGCGCCCCUCAGACCCUCAGAUCAUCUCAGAGGGGCUGUACGCCAUUGCUGUGGUGCUUAGUUUUUCCCGCAUUGCCUACAUCCUGCCAGCCAAUGAGAGCUUUGGCCCCCUGCAGAUCUCUCUGGGGCGUACGGUCAAAGAUAUCUUCAAGUUCAUGGUCAUCUUCAUCAUGGUGUUUGUGGCCUUCAUGAUCGGCAUGUUCAACUUGUACUCAUACUACCUGGGAGCCAAGUACAAUCCUGCCUUCACCACGGUGGAGGAGAGUUUUAAGACGCUUUUCUGGUCCAUCUUCGGGCUGUCUGAAGUGAUCUCAGUGGUACUUAAGUACGACCACAAGUUUAUAGAGAACAUUGGCUACGUUCUGUAUGGGGUCUAUAACGUCACGAUGGUGGUCGUCCUCCUCAACAUGCUCAUCGCGAUGAUCAACAGCUCAUACCAGGAGAUAGAGGAGGACGCUGAUGUCGAGUGGAAGUUCGCCAGAGCAAAGUUGUGGCUCUCUUAUUUUGAUGAGGGACGCACCCUGCCUGCACCCUUUAACCUGGUCCCUAGUCCCAAGUCCUUCUACUACCUGGUCCUCCGCAUCAAAUCGUGCCUGAUCCACCUCUGCAAGGCCAACAGCCGUCGUCAUAACAACGAGCUGGAGCUGGGCAUGCUCAAUGCACAGGCCAAGGUCAGAAUCAUUACAUUCUCCAACAGAUUCAGGGGCUCCUUCAGUUUUCAUUCUCAAAUCCAUCACCCGACUAGAUACCAGAAGAUCAUGAAGCGUCUGAUUAAGCGCUAUGUGCUGAAGGCUCAAGUGGACAGAGAGAGCGACGAAGUCAAUGAAGGCGAGCUGAAGGAAAUCAAGCAGGACAUUUCUAGCCUCCGCUACGAGCUGUUGGAAGAGAAGUCACAGGCGGCCGGAGAGUUGGCUCUGCUUAUCCAACAACUUGGUGACAAGUUUGGCAAGAACACCAUGAGGCACUGACGGGACUCGCAAGAAGGAGAGAGGGAGAGGAAGGGGGAGAAGGGUGUGAAGAGGAAAAAAAAGGGUGACAUCAAAGGCAGGAAAGAAGGGUCAGAGUGGUUUUUAUAAGGGGAGAGAUCAAGCAAGAUUUUAGAUUUAUUUUUGGCCUUUGCCUUAACUUUAAUAGAGGAUGGAGAGUGGAAAUGGGAGAGAUUUGAACCCGGGCCACCCACUUGGAGGACUGUAGCACCUGCAUAUGGGGAGCGUCCUUACCUUUAGGAAUCUCAAUGGAACAAGAUUUUUAAGAAGAAAAAAGGCAAUUGUUUUCUAUAUGCAAUGACUAGUUUGUGAGAAGAUGUAACUGAAAUUGAUCAUGAGGUCAACAGGACAGAGGGGAUGUGAGGUUUGUGUUGACGGCUAAUUUAAGAGGACUUCUCCAGGCACGACAAAGUCACAGGCAGGGUGGGAGACAAAGGAAGACGAAUGAGGAGGUAAACAAAAUCACCAUGAGAUACGAUAAAGAAGCAGUGCAGUGAUGAAGACCGCUGCAUCAGCUGCCAAGACAUAUCUGUGAAGGAGAGAGGGAAGCCUAGAGGAAGGAUGAGGCAGAGGAAGGGCUGAGGAAAAAGGAAGGAUGUGUGUAGAAAACUGCCAAUAUUUUAAAGAAAGAAAAGCUGACUUUGUUUCUCUGUGUUCACUUUGUCAGGAGAAGGAUUAUCACCUGUGGAGAUACGGCACAGCCCUUUAUACAGCAGGCUAUCUAAUUAAUGUACAUCAGUCCAUGAUGCACAAUGAUUCAGGAAAAAGUGGAAAACAAGUCAUUGAAUGCAAUCCCCACAUUUUAACAUGUUUCUAUAGUGUCCAUACCAUAUGGUGUGAUGUACAAAGAUUUGCGCGUUCAUUUAGACUGCCUCACAGAGAUCUUAUGUUAAUGAAAACUGACUUUGUGGAGUUCUGUUCAGCUCUGUUAUGCCAACAUUAUCACUUUUGACUCAUCCAGAAUGAUUUCAAAUACAGUGAACAAACACACAAACACAUUCUGCCUGAAAAGUUGUAGUUUUGGCUGACUAACAGACGGCAAAAAGAAACAGAAUACACAAAGACGAAGAAGACAAAUUCACACUUUGUUUAAAGUCAAGGUCACAUUCAUUUUUUAAGAACUUCAGUAAACAAUACAAACAGCCUUAGAUAAAUUAAGUGGAUAUGUUCCCGUUCGUUGAGCCACUGCAGCACAAUCUUUUCUCUGCACAACACUUUGUCUAGAAUAGCAACUGAAAAGCGACACGUCCUC